GCGGCCGGCAGCCCAGCUGUUUUGAAAAAUGCUUCCUGUUUCUUUAAAGGCGCUCGCAGCGGCUCGGGCGGCCGUGCUGGGGAGGCGGUGGCGGCGGGAGCUGCCUCCUCUCCGGGCGGCGGCGCUGACUGAUCUCGCCAACCGGGCUUCUGUGUAAACUGAGGCUAAACAAACACAGAUGGAGCGCAGCGGGCGUGCUGCAGAAAUGCUGGCGAGGCGGCCGCGACUUCAGAUGACAUUCUGAGCGCUCGGGGACGCACAGCCCGCGGCUUCACGCGGAGCCCGGGGCGCAGCUGCCCGGGGCGAGGGGAUCCGUGGGGAGGGAAAGGGCGAGCUGGGGACGCCAUGAAGCCCCUCCCGGCUCUCGAGGACCGGUCGUGGAAGCCCGUGUGUGUGCAGGAGCUGCACAGCCUCAAGAAGCUCAGGCGGAAAGGCAAGGAGCCGGCGCGGCGCGCGAACGGCUAUAAAACUUUCCGAUUGGACUUGGAAGCGCCCGAACCCGGCGCCACCGCCACCGCCACCGCCACCGCCACCGCCACCAACGGGCUGCGGGACAGGACCCUGCGGCUGCAGCCGGCCCCGGCCCCAGUGCCAACCCUCUUGACGCCCGCAGCUCCCUCAGCGGACCCGGCUGGGGAGCGCAGGGGCUCCCGGGCACCCGAAGUCCCGGACGCGCGGCGACGCGGCUUCUCCCUGAGCGCAGUGGUGCCCGGACUCCCCACGCCGCCGCCGCCGCCGCCGCCCCCUCCAGCGCCCCCGGGCCCUGCUCCUGGGCGUCCGGAGACUCAGCCUUUUCGGGAGCCGGGCGUGCGUCCCCGCAUCUUGCUGUGCGCACCGCCCGCGCGCCCCACGCCGUCCGCGCCUCCCGCACCCGCUGCGCCCUCGGAGUCCUCAGUGCGUCCUUCGCCCCCCACGCGCCCGGGGGAAAGUUCCUACUCAUCAAUUUCACACGUAAUUUACAAUAACCACCCGGAUUCUUCGGCGUCGCCUAGGAGACGGCCGGGCGAAGCUACCGCCGCCUCGUCGGAGAUCAAAGCCUUGCAACAGACCCGGAGGCUCCUGGCGAAUGCCCGGGAGCGGACGCGCGUGCACACCAUCAGCGCGGCCUUCGAGGCGCUCAGGAAGCAGGUGCCGUGCUACUCAUAUGGGCAGAAGCUGUCCAAACUGGCUAUCCUGAGGAUUGCUUGUAACUACAUCCUGUCCCUGGCAAGGCUGGCUGACCUUGACUACAGCGCCGACCACAGCAACCUCAGCUUCUCCGAAUGCGUGCAGCGUUGCACUCGCACCCUGCAGGCCGAGGGACGUGCCAAGAAGCGCAAGGAGUGAGUGGCCGUGGGCCAGACUGAGGAUGCUGCCGCAGCCUCUCUCCAGCCAGGCCAAGGAUGAGGGGAGCGGGCCAGCCUCAGCCUCUGUCUUCUCCAAGAUGCUGCCAGCCCUCCACCCACCACAGCUGCUCAAGUCACCCGGGGCAGGAGCAGGCAGCCUCCCUGUCACCUCCUGUCCUCCCCCAGCCGCCGUGGUCAGUUUGCACUUUGUCUGCUGCCUGGUCAGGAGGGAGAGCUCAGCCUUCCUCUUGGUCAGGACCCAAGGCUGCAGAAAUCCAUUGCCAAAGAUUCCACAGAGACUCUGAACAAGAUGGGGGAUGAAACCCAUCAGGGAAAAGCCACACCUUGGCUCCGUGACUCUGUUCUUCUUGUUGCCCGAGUCUUAUCUCAAGCCAAAGAUAAAUCAGCAUUUCUACCAGGAACUCACGGAAGGCAUGGACAUCUGGUGACCAUGGGAAGCAUGUGGCCCUCUGCACUGUUGCUCUGUCUACACUGGGCCCUGACUGGGCUGGGUGCAAGUUCCAUCUUCGGGGGUGCCUGAGAGGAUGGCAAGAGAUCCCUGUGCCCUUCUUUCUCUUCUGCCAGCUGCCCAGGCCUUGGACCCAGAUUCUCAAUGUGCCCUGGGCCCAGGGUCCUUCAGAGGGCCUGGGUAGCCUGAGAAGGUAGUGGGAUGGGGAAGAAAAAAUAUUACCCUACCCUCCACCCAGGGACUUGCCCCAGGUCUUCGCUCCCCCAGCCAGUGGUGCCCUUCAGGCUGGGAAAGCAAGAUGGCACCCUGUGGGAGGGCAGUGGUCUCUCACAGGUGGGCAGGAGGGUAGAGGGAGGAAGGGACCAGGGGAGUGGGCCAGGAUGUGGGGUAGGGGGUGCAUUUAAAGCCAAGGCCUGCUUUUUCCUUGUGCUAAAAAGGCCAAAGCUGUUCACAUCUGUGCUCAACCAUCUGCUUCAAAUUGAAGUAAAAGCCCCAUCAUGUAAAGAAAUACUUGGUUGUGUUGAGUGGACUCUGUGGGCGACCAGGCCUUAGGCCUUCACCUGUCAUUGGAAGGGGUGCUGUGAGGGAGAGGGUUGGUCCCUCUCUAGGUUGUGAGCCACUUAGGCAGGUAGUGCACGUGUGAGGGGGCCUUGAGUUCUCCACCAUGGCCUCAGCCUGGGCCAGUGACCAGGAGGCCUUGUCCUAAAUGAACGAGUAAGGAGCCUGGUCUGCUUUGUACCUCACAAGCUUAGGAAGACUAUUAAUCUCAUAACACAGAUGAGGAAACUAAGGCUCAAGGAGACAGGGCCAGCCAGUGACAGAGCCAGUUCUUGAAUCAAGAUGGGCCCACUCCAAACGUUCUGCUCCUGAACUUUCUCCAGCCCCAUUGCCGGUCCCAGUGCAAAGUCUUUGUGGCCCUGUCACAUCACUUACUUGACCCUAAGACAGUGCCAGUAAAAGGCAUGGGAGCCAGGGAAGGGGGAGUGAGGUAAGAAACAGGGAAAGAAGGUCAGGGUGUUAGGGACAGGGUCACCCAGGGAAAGAGGGCAGUGAUGGGGGCCGUCGGUUGCACUGGAUGCACAGUUUGUCUGUGCGUGUCACCCAGCACCAUUUCCUCUUCUCUGCUCCCCUCUUCUCAGGGUCCAGCUUGGGUGUCUGCCGUGGAGCUGGCUGCAGGGAGCCUCCUCCUCAUGUGCCAGGCUCCCCGGUGUGGCCUUUGGCCAGGGACCCCCGGGGGCACAGAAGCAGGGAUCAGACUGCAAAGCUGCCCAGAAAGAGGGUGGACAGCGUGGCAUGGAGGGGACCAAGAGGGACAGUGAGGAAGGCCCGUCACCCAGGACCCCAGGCACAGGUCACAGUGCCACUCAGUUGUCCCUCUGAGUAACCCUGGUGACACUUUCUAGAAAAGCAGGAAAUGUGGCCCAAGCAGCAUCAAACUAUUUGUGGCACACCCACAUUUGCUGUCGGUCAUUGGGCACAGGCCCCAGAGGGAGGAAGGGACACUGCAGGAUCCCAGGUGACCCACGUGGAUGUGUCACAUGGAGCCCUCCUGUGCAUACAUUGGACAAAGCCAUGAAGGACAAAGUCAGGGAGUCAAAGAUCCCUGGCUCACAGGCCGUGGGGUUCGAGUGGGAGGUCCCAGCCUAACCGGGUAGCUGAGCCAUUGUGGGGCAUGUUGGGAGCCGCAGGGGUAGGUGUGCCCCUCCCUGCCCAAGGCCUUGCUCAUGGUCCUGGGCAGAGGCACCGGGGCAGCUACUUAGGUUGGGACCAGUGCCUGCCGUGGGCAGCCUUGCCCAGCUUGCCCAGGGUGGAGAGAGGCUGCCCUUGCCUUCCUCCUUGGGUGCUUGAGACCCCACAGUGGCCACUGCCAGCAGCCAGAGGACAAGCACCCUGUCUUUUCAAAGCCAGACUCCGUGCCAUGAGCUGCCAUUCUCCUCUGCCCUCCUGCUGCUGGCCUUGGAAGCUUUUGCUUCCAGGCUCGAGGAGGACACUGAAGCUCGAGGGCCCUGCUUUGCAGAGAGGCUGGCUUCCCUCAGCUUCCUGGGUUUUCCCACACAUCUGCCUUCUGUCCCCAGGACCCCUCCCUGAAGCCAGGCAUGCCAAGGAAUCCAGACUGCUAAAUAUUGGCUGUUUUAUAGAUCCAUGGGCAGACUAAUCUCCAGGUGCCACUGUGAAUUUCUAGUAGGGCAAAGAUUGGGUGUAAUUCAUCUUCAGAUCCUCAAAAGGGCACUGCAAAUUGGAUAUACUGAUCUUUUAGUGGAAUUAAUGAAUUAAAAAUUGGAAAAUUGA